GCAUUUGUAUACAGUAAACAGCAACAACAACAACAAACCAUACCGCACAGCUGGCUAAGGAAUACGUGAAAAUUGCAGUAAAAACGUUGAUAAACACUAUCAACAUGGUCGAAACGGUGAUUGACGAAUGUAAGGGAGACGACGGGCCACAAAAUGUGCUGGACGCAUUUCAGGAGAGCGACAAACAGCGAGUGCUUCAGCUGAUAGACGGGCUGCAUGACAAAUCCGUCACGGAGGACGAUUUCGAGCAUGCCUACGAAGAGUAUUCCGGCAUCUUUUCCAAGUACCAGGAGCAGCCCCACCUGCUGGAUCGUAGCCUGGAGGAGAUAGUGAACAAAAUCAUUCCAUUUUUGCAAGAAGCCGAUGCCGCAAUGCACACUAAACAUCGUGCAUCAAAAUACCUCUACCAAAUAUGUAAGGUUCGCACGUUUAAGGCCUUUGCAAAAAACCUUCCGCAUGAGGUGCGUCAUCUGUCGUUUGUGCUGUGUCUCGUGGAGCAGCAGAAUCUGGACGAUUGGCAAAACUGGGAAACCCGGUACAUGGGUCUGCUGUGGCUAUCGCUGCUAGUGCUCAAUCCGUUCGAUUUAAGCCGGCUGGAUACGUCCGAGCCGGGAUGCCCCUCCACGAUGGAGCGUAUCUACGAGCUGUGCAAAGCUAACUGCCUGAAGGAUGAUAGCUGCACGCCAGUGGUCGCCUUUUUGGUAGCACGAUUCGUUAUACGAAACGAUGUGAAGAUGGUGUUUUUGGAGAAAAUGUUCGACUGGGCCAUGACCGUCAACGCAGAUUACACAGUGGACGCUAAAAUUGGUCCGCUUACAGCGAUUGCAUGCAUCCUGAAGCAUGGAAAGCGCGAGGAUUUGCUUCCCUACGUCAAGCGGCUUAGCAAUUGGGUACUGCACCUGGAGUACGAAACAAUCUCGAAGGACUUCAAAAUCUAUAAAACAUGCAUCAAGAUCUGUCAACGCAUCGGGCUGGUUCUGCUGCCACCGAAGAUUGCCAAAUGGCGCUACCAACGAGGUGCACGUUCGUUGCUAGCGAACGUUCAAAAAACGGUUACCCUCGCUUCACUGAAGGAGGUGCAGCAGACGGAAUCGUUGUCCGAGCGUACGGAGGAGGAGGAGGAUGACGUCGAUGAUGAGGAAGUUCCGGGCGACAUUGAGGAGAUCGUCGAGCGGCUACUGCUUGGCCUGAAGGGCAAUUCAACGAUUGUGCGCUGGUCGUCGGCGAAAGGCAUCGGUCGAAUCACUAACCGGCUGCCGAAGCUACUGGGAGAUGAAGUCGUGUCAUCCGUGAUUGAGCUGUUGAAUCCACUCGAGCAAGAUGAUGCUUGGCACGGGGCCUGCCUGGCAUUGGCGGAGCUGGCCAAACGUGGUUUAUUGCUACCGUCGCGAUUGUCCGAAAUCGUGCCACUGCUUCUGCAAGCGUUGGUGUACGAUGAAAUACAGGGAUAUCGCAACGUGGGACAAAACAUCCGCGAUGCGGCAUGCUACAUGAGCUGGGCAUUCGCCAGGGCAUACCACCCGUCCGUACUGCAACCGUUCGUGGAGAGCAUUGCUUCGGCGCUGCUAGUGACGGCCGUUUUCGAUCGGGAAAUAAACUGUCGGCGGGCGGCUUCGGCCGCAUUUCAGGAGAGUGUUGGCCGGUUGGGCAACUUCCCGCAUGGGAUCGACAUUCUGACUACGGCCGAUUUUUUCUCCGUCGCGGUGCGAAGUAAUGCAUUUCUCAACAUCAGCGAAUACAUCGCAAAGUAUCACGAAUACAAAUACAACUUAAUAGAUCAUUUGAUUUCACGUAAAAUAAAUCAUUGGGAUACGAACAUCCGCGAGCUAUCGGCACAAGCGCUGCGCAAUCUAACGAAGCACGCGCCGGAGUACAUGCGAGAUACGGUUGUGCCGCAGCUGUUUCUGCUGGCAGAAUCAACCGAGCUCAACACACGGCACGGUGCCGUGCUGGCGCUGGGAGAAGUCAUCAAUGCGCUACAAGCGCUCGGCUCCGGACAAACCGGCGACGGACAGGAGGGCUUCAUUAACAACAAAAUCAGUGAACUCGCUGGACAGCUGAUUGGUAAAUAUCGGCUGCGCGGCCAGUUCAAGGGAAUGAGUGGCACGUACAUGAAACACGGCUGUGCCAGUUUCAUUCGCAACUGUAGCGAAGCCAUGCUGCCGAUCACGCAGCGAGAAUAUUUGGAAUCGUGGCAAUUGCUGCUGGACGCAAGCAUUGUCGAUGAAAAGUCAGCCACGCGGGAACAGGCAACGAUCGCGUUUUCGAAAUUCUGCGAUGCCUACUACAAGACGGAACCGGCCGAUCGUUUGGGUAGCCUGAUCGACAACUACAUCAAGGAGAUGCGCGACACACAGAUCGAACACAAAGCACAAGGAAUCGUGUCCGCGCUCGGUGCUUUGCCACUGUUUAUGAUCGAGCUGCGCUUGGAAGAAAUCGUGUCAGUGAUCGAUGUGAAAACUGUCGUGCCGGAAAUGUUUGCCGUCGGCUACAACCACUCCGAACUGCGGCGGGACUGUAUACGCGCGCUGAUGAACAUCGUCCAGACGGUCGGAUUUGAGCAUUCGGUCAAAUCGAACGAGAUACUGUGCGGACCGGUCUUCGGUUGCUAUUUGCGUGCGCUCGAGGAAUACGCGCUGGACAACAGAGGUGAUAUUGGCUCGUGGGUUCGUGAAGCUAGCAUUCACGCUCUGUACGCGUUCCUGACAAAAUGUCCCUCCACAUUACUCACGCCGCAGCACGUGCAGGAUGCUAUGAUUGCGAUCGCGAAACAAUCGGUCGAACGAAUCGAUAAAAUUCGCGCCGUAGCUGGCAAAACGUUCACGGCGCUCAUCUACCACGAACCGCAAAUACCGCACAUCGACCAGCGGCAAGCACUGCGGAGCAUAUUUCCACAGGACACAACCGAAGUGCUGUGGCUGUUUCCCCAUCACACAUUCCCGAUGUUCAUUCAACUGCUCGGCAUACCGGCGUACGUGGAGCACGUGUCGGCCGGGUUGAUACUGAGCGUUGGCGCACCGACCGAAUCUCUGCACACGUGUGCGUCCAAAAUUUUAAACGACUAUCUCAAAACGCACCAAUCCUUCAUCCCAACUUUCGGCACGGUGGUGCUGAAAAUUCUAAAGGAGAAAACCGUCAAGGACACGCUCUUCAUAACGUCCACAUUUCAGUUCCUGGCCGAGCUGCUGAACUCUUCGGCGAACGCUAAAUUGCUGCUCGUUAUGGAAGAAACGUCAACCGCAUUUGCCGAGCCCAUCUUCAACCUGGUGAAUGGUCUGACAACGCAAACCAGAAAGCACAUCGAUUCCAUUCCCGUCUACUGUACGCUUAUGCUUGCGCCGAAAAUAUGCAAGCGUGUGCUGAGCAAGCUCGUCGUGUAUCUGGGCAUGGUGUGCGUCAACAUUCGGCGCGAAACUGCGCUCAAGAUGUACGAAACGUUGCUGGUGUAUGGCGAUCAAACGGCGAUACCGGAGGAAAAUCUGGACGAGGUGUUGGUUUGCCUGAGCGAGGAAAAGUGGGACGGUGAGCUUGAGGAGGCACGGCAAAUUCGUAACAAGCUUUGUACGCUGAUGGCCAUCAAGCCGCCAGUAACCAAAGUGAAGAAAUAAUUUUCUUACCUACCAUCUGUUCACCAGGUGCCAACCACCUAACGCGGCGCGCGCACUGGUAGUAUUGCUACGUUUAAUGACUUUGAAUGCCUUACUUACCAAUAAACAAUGCUCUAAUAUUCAAGGUGAUUCGAAGUAUAGCACGUUAUUAUUGCUAUUUAACGAA